GCGUCUUCACUGAUGCAAGGUUUUGUGCUCUCAACCAUCUCUCGAAGAGCCACUUGAGAGCAGUAUACCUGUGGAUUUCAUCAUGGUUAAGAUUAAACCAUCAGUGAACUUUCUGAUUUGGAUAUUUAUUAUUUUGGAUGAGUCCCACUCUGUCCCAGACCAGUGCCAACAGGAGACCGAGAGGCUCCGCAUUCAGCUGAAGCACUUGGAGACUCGUUUCCAGAAGCAGCAACAGCAAAUCCAGCGCUUACGCAUCCUGAAGGAUAAGACAUCUGCACACGCGGAUGAGUUUAUUGAGCUGCCAGGUCAAAUCGAAUACACUGACUGUGCACAGAUCUUUAACAAUGGCAGUAAGACAAGUGGAUUUUACAUGAUCAAACCCAUGAGAAGCCCAGCCCGGAUAAAGGUGUACUGCGACAUGUCUGAAGGCGGCGGCUGGACAGUCCUCCAAAGACGCACAGAUGGAAAAGAGUCUUUUGAGAGGGGAUGGGAUGACUACAAGCAGGGCUUCGGAGAAUUGGAAGCAGCAGAUGGGGAGUUCUGGUUAGGGAAUGACAAUCUACAUUAUCUGACUUCACAAGCUGAUUAUGACAUAAGGAUCAACCUGGAAGAUUUUGAUGGGGUAUACCGCUAUGCAGUCUAUGAAAAAUUCAAAGUUUCAAGCGAGGAGGAAAAAUAUCAGUUGAACUUUGGUGAGUACAAAGGAAAUGCUGGGAACUCUCUGGCAGGAAGCUACCAUCCUGAGGUCCAGUGGUGGGCCAGCCAUCAGGGCAUGAAGUUCAGCACUUUUGACAAUGACAACGAUCGCUAUGAGCGCAACUGCGCCAAAGAGGACAAAUCUGGUUGGUGGUUUAACAGAUGUCACUCUGCCAAUCUGAAUGGAGUGUACUAUCAAGGUCCAUACAGUUCUGUGACAGACAAUGGGAUAGUCUGGUACACAUGGCAUGGAUGGUGGUAUUCCUUGAAGUCUGUGGUCAUGAAGAUCAGACCAUCAUACUUUGAGCCGAAUGAAGUGUAGUGGCAGUUUACACAAUCUCAUCAAGGGAGAUCCCAGAAUGUAUCAUGUAAUAGAAGCAGCAUAUCCUAACUGACUGCCAUUUAAUUAAAUAUCAUAACCAAUCCAACAAAAAAUAAAGUGCCUUACUAUGUACACUUACUUAAUAAAGUUAUCAAAAUGUAA